UUGAUAAACGUGAUAUCAAAUGCGGCAAGCAUCACAAUUCUUGAUGACCCGAUUGAAAGAUGAUUACCACUUAUUUGAUACUAAUCAGUUUCUUUACAAUAUGUACUGAAAGUACGGACGAUUGUCCUGAUCAGAAUUGGCCAGACUGUAAGGGCAAUUGCAGAGCUACAGAAGACAAGAGUUGUGAACCGUGUGAAGUCGGUACAUUUGGUGUAAAUUGUUCAGAGUCAUGUCCGCCGGACCGUCACGGAAAUAAAUGUUAUAAAGUGUGUAACUGUACAGAGGGAGAAGUUUGUGAUAGACGGUACGGCUGUGUGGAGAACAGAACGGACGACAUCGUGGGGAUAACUACGUAUAAAUACGUACAAGUAACAUCAAAUAAUUCUCUCAGUACAACUGCACCAAAGUCUAAAUAUUUCCAAACAUCAAACUCUCCUGAAGGAACAGGAACGCGAAGAAGUGACGAGGCUGAUGCUGUGAGUAGCCGCGCGGUCAUCAUCACUGGAAGCUGCCUCAUAGUCAUCUGUAUACUUUAGUAAUAGCGUAUUUAUGCUAUUCAAAAAGGUAAACAAUUACAUUUCAAAUAGCACCUAUAUAAUAAAGCAUUUGUACGUCCAAUAUUCAGUUACUUCUUAAAAUGUUUACAGUAUUCAAUGGAUUCUUUACAGCCGAAAAGCAGGAUUAGUGCGACACAGAAGAAAGAGUGACAGAUCUGGGAAUUGGACAGACGGCAAUAUAUCUCAGAAUGCAGGUUUGGGGGAUGAUGAGUGCAUAUACAGUCAAGUGAAUUCUGUACACAUGCAGGAACUCCCACUUCCCUGCCUGCCGUCAGCUGCCCUAGACCCGCUCUAUGGUCACGCAGAUGAUGCGAUUUAUAAUACUCUUUCUCUCAAACUAAAACUUGACAACAAGGUCCUGGAUCCUGAAUGUGAUCAUGUACCAAAACCCCCUGAUUCUGUGUCAGUUACACAAGUUCACAGUGUAUACGAAGAGCCCAGUCCAUUUGUUCCUUCUGACUUGGGUCUCGAGUCGAACUCUUUAGUGAAAACGACAGUUAGUGGAUAUACAGAUAAUUACCUUCAAUGUGUGGAUAUACCAUCGCUGAAGAGAAAUCGGAACACCUCGGGGAUUGACAUUAGUGGAGAAAAUGAGGAAACGAAACAUUCUGAGUGCUCAAAAAGUGAAAACGUCGGUGAAGAAAUAAAGUCCUUUGCAUUUGCUGUAAAAUCAAACACUGAAAAUCACUCCUUUCGUGGUUCCCUCGAGGAAGACGCGCCUGGCAUGGUUGCAGAUAAUUAUUAUAUAAUAUCGAAAGUCGAAGUUGAGAAUCACCAGUCAUUUUCAAAACCCUAAAAGACUUCCGUUUUCGGGGGUUGGAAAAAAGCGAAAUAAAAAUCAACAUGGACAAGUCAGACCGAGAAAAAAGAAUUACCACGAAUAGAAAAUAUCGAAUAUGGCUGUCGGUCGGUAGUACAAAUGUAUACAUGCAUAUAUAUUUCUUUAAAAAGAUGAAAAUCCGUACAGCACAAUGAUAAUAAUAAAGAAAAACACACAAAAACAAAUAUUUACAUUUCCAGUGUUCUUUACCAAUAGGCAAGUUCCGAGAUAUCAGCUCUUCUGUGAUGGAGGUACGUUCAGUAUUCUGUUGAACGCUUGGGUGGGUACAAGAUGUAUACAUAUAUUAUAGACUAACCAUGUUAAUAAGAAUAAAAGUACUCAAAGCGUAAAUUUUGUUUGUAUCAGCCAUUGGUAUACAUUAAACUGACCAUAUGAAGAAUAAUAUAUUUAUUUGAAUUAGGCCAUUAAAUUUAUUAUUCAUUUAUUUUUUAUUUCCUCUUCUGCACGAAUGAUACUUUAUCAAAGAAAGAUGGUGAUUAUCGAUUUUUGUUUGAGCUAUCUUAUUAUCAAAUAAUCAUAAAUUUACUAAGAUUGUAUGCCCCAGCAGUUUGAGUGGUUGCACGAUGUCUGAUA